AUGAGGUCAGGUUCCACAGAACGGUUUAUGUUGGAAUACAAUUAUGAACUGCAUUAUCAACAAGGUAAACGCAUGUUUGUAGAGGACACGUUGUCACGAGCCACACUACCCGACACAGAACAGGAACAAAAGCUGGAAUCCGUGAACGUUGCAUUGGCGGUGACGCAGUUCGUGAAGUCUCACAUACGAACUGCAACUAUUGACGAUCCGAGCAUGCAAGAACUCAAAGGAGUUAUCAUUCUUGUUUGGCCAGAAAGCAAAAAAGCCCUUCUGAUGGACCUACUACCCUACUUCAAAUUCCGAGAUGAAUUAACUGUGCACGAUGAACUGAUUUUUCGUGGUAAAGGCUUUCGCCAACUGAGCGUCCAGAUUCUUGCUUCAGCCGGAACCAACGUUCUUCCGGAGCUUCGACGCAUGGUCGACCGUUUAAUCACAGCCGAUCCGGGAUCCGGGACCUUUGGGCGCUAG